AAGCAGUCAAAGAUUUUCAUUACAUGUCGCGAGACUAACUCCAACAUGCAUAUCUAGUGUUUUCCAAUAAUCAUUCCCCCAAGACAUGUUCAUAGUACCGCACAACAUACCACAAUAUAUCAAACUCCCCCAAACUCCCAACUACUAUGAAGAGAUUUACCAAAGAAAACUACAUCGUGUAUCUCUCAUGCCAAAUUUUGACCCGAAAAAAAGGGACAUCAAAUCAUGGAACACGUCUUACGUAUGACAUCUCUCGUUCCCAGAACAGCCUGGCCACUCCUGCAUUGCUUCCUCGACCCCGGCUCCACCCCCCCAUCUAUUCAUUUUUUUUAUACACAAAAGUUUUCCCAAGUCCACGUAAGUUUAGGCAAUCCGUUUACAGAAUGGAGAGAGAGAGAAGAAGAAGAAGAAGAAAACAUAUCCGGUGAGAGAAGGUCCAAGAGGCCGUAACGCAAGCUUGCAUAUGUACCCCGGUUUUGCAUUAGCCUAGCAUAACCUAAUCCCCAUCCAGAACGAAAAAAAAAGGUAGAAAAAAAAACCCCCACGGUUGGUUCAAAAAAUGCAGUGUGCCGAGUCAAGUGCCGAUGGAGUGUUUGCGGGGGAACGGACACGUGCAUCAUAUGAUGUUUUUUUUCUCCUCUCGGCUUUGUAGUACAAGCAGUAGAAAUCU